AGAGAAGACGCAUACCAGCCAGCAUUUGAUCCAUCCAGAGCCUGGCAUUAUGGCAUUACGUGUGCUUUUUCUCUUCGUGGCUUUUCUGUUCUGCUUCACAAUGGUUUCAUCUGACAUCAAGAAAGAAGAAGAGUUACCCCAUCUUGGCCUGGCGCCUGUUGUGAGGGGUGCAAACAGAAGGCUCAUGCAGGAAGUUGAUUGUGGAGGACUGUGCAAGCAGAGAUGCAGUCUUCACUCGAGGCCAAACGUGUGCAACAGGGCGUGUGGCACGUGCUGUGUGAGGUGCAAGUGUGUGCCACCUGGGACAGCAGGGAACAGGGAGAUGUGUGGGACAUGCUACACUGACAUGACCACCCAUGGGAACAGGACCAAAUGUCCAUAGGCUGACGAAAUGUUCCCCCUGCCCAGUUUAGCUUUAGAUUUAUGCAUGUAGCGAAAACUGUUUUUCUUUUCUUUUCUCCUUUUAGUCUAGCGAUGAUGUGAGUGGUGGUUUCUAAAGCUUUUGUGUGUUUUCAAGUUUAUGUUAUGUGCGUGUGUAAAUGUGUAAUAAACGUCUCUAUAAAUGUUUCUAAAGCUUUUGUUA